UUAUACGCACGACGUUGGUUCUUUCAUCAUCCUCCUCCUGAGCCGCGAUCUCCUCCUCCUCCUUAAACUCCAUCGUCUCUUGUCGAUUAUUUCUCCAAAGGUAAGAUUUUGCGAUUACCUUCGUACGCUAACCUUUGUCUUCUCAUCUUUUCCAGUCGUGUGGUCUCGUUACUAAACCCUAAAUCGUCUCCCUUUUUAGAAGGAUGCCAAAGGUUAAGACAAACCGAGUCAAGUACCCAGAAGGGUGGGAGUUGAUCGAGCCUACUCUUCGUGAGCUUGAUGCCAAGAUGAGAGAAGCUGAGAUGGAUACACAUGAUGGCAAGAGAAAGUGUGAAGCUUUAUGGCCAAUCUUCAAACUCUCUCAUCAGAGGAGUCGCUAUGUGUACGACCUUUAUUACCGCAGGAAGGAGAUAUCCAAAGAGCUCUAUGAGUUCUGCUUGGACCAGGGAUAUGCUGAUCGUAACCUCAUUGCCAAAUGGAAGAAAUCAGGGUAUGAGCGUCUAUGUUGCUUGCGCUGCAUACAGCCGAGAGACCACAACUACGGAACAACAUGUGUAUGUCGUGUUCCCAAACACUUGCGUGAAGAGAAAGCGAUUGAGUGCGUUCACUGCGGUUGUCAAGGAUGCGCCAGUGGCGAUUAGUCUCUCGGACUGUUUUCUUCACCACUGUCACUCUCUUGGAUGUAUUUCUAUAUAUUUGUCAAAUCUGGAUUAUGUACCCUGACUAAUUUCCCUUUGAAGAACUUCUAAUUGUCAA